CGCGGUGCUGAUGCUGCUGCCAUUUCAUCACCCCUGCGAGCACAGCAUCCAUCCCUCCGCUCUCCCUGCGCCUGGGCCUACCUCGCCUCGGGCUCCCAGGCCAGCGAUGCGCUCGCGGCCGAUCUAGAUCCGGAUCGAGCCGCGCUCUCCGAGUCCUCGGCGGAGCGCCCCCUCUCGCCGCCCACGGCCCAGGCCAAGGAGACCUGCCGAGCCCCGGCCAUGGAGGCCAUUUGGCUGUACCAGUUCCGGCUCAUUGUCAUCGGGGAUUCCACGGUGGGCAAGUCCUGUCUGAUCCGCCGCUUCACCGAGGGCCGCUUUGCCCAGGUUUCGGACCCCACCGUCGGGGUGGAUUUUUUCUCCCGUCUGGUGGAGAUCGAGCCAGGAAAACGCAUCAAGCUCCAGAUCUGGGAUACCGCGGGUCAAGAGAGGUUCAGAUCCAUCACUCGCGCCUACUACAGGAACUCAGUAGGUGGUCUUCUCUUAUUUGACAUUACCAACCGCAGGUCCUUCCAGAAUGUCCAUGAAUGGUUAGAAGAGACCAAAGUACACGUUCAGCCCUACCAAAUUGUAUUUGUUCUGGUGGGUCACAAGUGUGACUUGGAUACACAGAGGCAAGUGACUCGCCACGAGGCAGAGAAACUGGCUGCUGCGUACGGCAUGAAGUACAUUGAAACGUCAGCGCGAGAUGCCAUUAAUGUGGAGAAAGCCUUCACAGACCUGACGAGAGACAUAUAUGAGCUGGUUAAAAGGGGGGAUAUUACAAUCCAGGAGGGCUGGGAAGGGGUAAAGAGUGGAUUUGUACCAAACGUGGUUCACUCUUCAGAAGAGGUUGUCAAAUCAGAAAGGAGAUGUUUGUGCUAGUCAGCCCUUUUAUUUCCAAAACAUGCUCUCCCACCUGAACUUAAAAGUGAUCAAAAUGAAUAGAAUCUUUGUGUGAUUGAAGAGAACUCAACCUCCAUUUUGAAUACUAAGUGAGCCUCCUUCCAAAGGGGGACUCUGACAGGCCAUGGGUGGGCAGAUGGGGGAGCCUGGGUGCUGUGACUGAGGGACUAAAUUAUUGACAUGGGCCAGGCACUGUUUUCCUGCGGGGCAGUGGCUGCUCUGUGUGCCCUUUGUGGACCACAUGUCAAGGGGCUGAGAUUUGGGGAGUUAGGCCCCAGAAAAAUAUACCCACAGACAGGACAACUAUUUCUUGGUAUUUCAGCUCAGUCAUAGGUCACAAACAAAAAGAAAUAUGUAAAGGGGAAAAAAGUAUCACAUUGGCAACAAUUAGCAAAAGCAGAAAAGACUAUGAGAUCAACUUAGUGAGAAUAUCCUACACCAAAUCUGUGUGCUGGGUUUGAUUAACAGGUACCAAUUAGCUUAUAAACAGCUCAUCUGUAAAAUGAGGGGUGUGGACCAACUAUUUACUAAGACCCUUUCAGGGCCUGGUGUUCUACUAAAAAUGGUGUGAAUAUGAAAAGGGAGGCUAUUUACACAGC